AUGGCCAUGAGCCUCCCACAGCUCGGCGGCGCAGGAGGCCCUCACACUCAACCCUCUCUGCCUUCGCUACCAGCACACUUGCAAUCCGACACGCAUCUUACUGCUCACCUCGCCAGUCGUUUCCAUGUCUCCCAUCCUACCGCCCGAUUGUCUUCUCACGCACUCAUCUCUCUCAACACAUACACAAACUCGUCAAAGGGUCCUGAUGGUGGAAAGGAGGGAAGCGCCAUGGCCGGCGCUGAAGAUAUCGCCGACCGAGCCUAUCUGCGAUUAGGACACAGAUCUGAGAACCAGGCUGUCGUAUUUCUGGGUGAAUCUGGUGCUGGAAAGUCUACCAUUCGAGCCCACCUCCUUACUGCUCUUCUCAACAAGUCUUCGACGCCUCUCUCCACUAAGCUUUCUCUUGCCGCAUAUGUUUUUGAUAGUCUUACAACUACAAAGACUGCCACGACACCCACGGCGUCAAAGUCUGGAUUAUUUUACGAGCUGCAGUAUGAUACUUCGGCCACUACCAACCCUGUCUUGAUUGGUGGUAAGCUUCUGGACCAUCGCCUGGAGCGUAGCCGUAUCGCGGAUGUUCCUACGGGAGAGCGUAACUUCCAUGUUCUUUACUAUCUCCUUGCUGGUACAAGUGAGGCUGAAAGGUCUCAUCUUGGCUUGGAUGGAGGUUCCUCUGCCACAGGCACCACUCAGAAGCGUUGGAAGUAUCUUGGCCACCCUACCCAACUCAAGGUUGGAAUCAACGAUGCAGAGGGUUUCCAAGUCUUCAAGAAUGCUCUGCGAAAACUAGAGUUUCCUCGCGCUGAGAUUGCCGAGAUCUGCCAGAUUCUCGCCAGUAUUCUUCACAUUGGCCAGCUCGAGUUCGAGACGACCAGUCAGACCAGUGCUACUGGCGACGACAGUGGUGGCUUCUCCCACGAGGGUGGUACUACCAUCACUGCGGUUAAGAACAAGGAUGUUCUUAGCAUUAUUGCCGCUUUCCUCGGCGUGAGCGCUGCCGACCUGCAAACUACUCUGGGCUACAAGACGAAGAUGAUUCAUCGGGAGCGUGUCACAGUUAUGCUCGACCCUAACGGCGCACGUGCUCAUGCUGGCGAGCUGGCACGAACACUGUACUCUCUUCUUGUCGCUUGGAUCCUUGAGACCAUCAACCAGCGUCUUUGUGCCCCCGAGGAGUCCAUUGCUAACACCGUAUCGAUUGUGGAUUUCCCCGGUUUCUGCCAGCAGACCCCCACUGGCUCUGCGCUCGACCAACUGCUCAACAACGCCGCUACUGAGAGCAUCUACAACCUGACUCUCCAGAACUUCUUCGACCGCAAGGCCGACAUGCUCGAGUCCGAGGAGGUUAGCGUUGCUGCUACCAGCUACUUUGACAACUCAGAUGCCGUUCGAGGCAUCUUGAAACCUGGCAAUGGUCUUCUCAGCAUUUUGGAUGAUCAGACUCGACGCAACCGAUCUGAUAUGCAAUUCCUUGAGGCUUUGCGAAGGCGGUUUGACGGCAAGAACUCAGCUAUCGAGGUUGGCUCUGCCCAAGCCAAGUUGCCUGGUAGCAACUUCAUGACUGAGAACACUUCUGCUUGCUUCACUGUGAAGCACUUUGCUGGUGAGGUCGACUACCCUGUCAAGGGCCUCAUCGAGGAGAACGGCGAGAUCAUCUCUGGUGAUCUUCUCAACAUGAUUAACGGCACAAAGAGCGAGUUCGUUGCCCGCCUUUUCGGCCAGGAUGCUCUCCAGACCGUCACCCACCCCACUGAACGUACAACUGUUAUGCAGGCUACUGUCAGCUCGAAGCCCAUGAGAGCACCCAGUGUCAUGUCCCGAAAGACACACCGCACUGGCCGUCCCAGCACAGCUCACAAGCGUCAGCAGCAAGAGGCUCUUGAAGAGCUGGACCAACAAAGCCAGGCCGGAGGAGAGUCUAAGAAGAACUCUAAGAUGGCUCUCGAACAGGGAGCUUCAGGACAGUUCUUGGCCUCGUUGGACAACGUCCAAAAGGCUGUCACGGACCCUAGCACAAACUCAUACUUCAUCUUCUGUUUGAAGCCCAACGACCGAAGAAUUGCCAACCAGUUUGACAGCAAGUGUGUGCGCAUGCAGGUUCAGACUUUUGGUAUCGCUGAGAUCAGCCAGCGUCUCCGAUCUGCCGACUUCAGCUUGUUCUUGCCUUUCGGUGAAUUCCUAGGCUUGACAGAUUCCGAAACAAUCCUGGUCGGCAGCGAGCGGGAGCGUGCUGAGAUGGUCAUUGAAGAGAAGCAGUGGCCCCAGAAUGAAGUGAGAGUAGGUGCUACUGGUGUGUUCCUGAGCGAACGCUGCUGGAUGGAGGUUGCACAGCUUGGUGAAGCAGUUUCUGUCUACGGUCGCUACGGUGGCUUGCACUCAUCCGAUGCGGGUGACGGUCUGACACCUGCCGAGUCGAUGCCUUUCGGUGCCUCCAAGGAGCAUCUGGUAUCUGGUGGUAACACUCCUCUUAUGUAUGGUGAGAAGGGCAAGGGCGGUUACUUCACCGAUGACACCCGGUCUGAAGCUGGCGUCUCUACUUUCGGCGGAGGUGACAUGUUCAAGAAUCUGGACACUCGUGAACAGAUGGCCGAGCGAGGUAAUGAGAAGUCACUUGAGGAAGUUGAGGAGUAUAGAGAUAAACCUAGCCGAAAGCGCUGGGUGGCUCUUGUCUACUUUCUUACUUGGUUUAUUCCUGAUUUUGCCAUCAGACUGCUCGGACGUAUGCCUCGAAAGGAUGUACGCAUGGCCUGGAGAGAGAAGGUUGCCAUCAAUAUGCUCAUUUGGUUGAUGUGUGGUGUUGCUGCCUUCUUCAUGGUUGGAUUCCCCAUGCUUAUCUGCCCCAAGCAAUAUGUCUACAGUGCCAAUGAAUUGUCUUCCUACGAUGGUGACAAGGGCAGCAAGGGCGCCUAUGUUGCUAUUCGCGGUUUCGUCAUCGAUCUUGAAGCUUUCAUUCCCAACCAUUACCCCGGCAGCAACCUCGUUAGCGAUGAUACUCUCAUGAAUUACGCUGGCAAGGACAUCAGCAAUCUUUUCCCUGUUCAGGUCUCUGCCCUGUGCCAGGGUAAGGAUGGUGCCAUCCCCCCUGAGGUCACCCUCGACAACCGAAACACCAACAUCACUGGCCAGCCUCAACUGCUUGCUUCAAGAGACGUUGAUGUCAACUCGGUUUAUCACGAUUUCCGUUAUGGUACCAACGAUAGCCGACCCGAUUGGUAUUUUGAGCAGAUGUAUACCUUCAAGCAUGUCUACUUGAAAGGCAGAAUGGGUUACAGUCCCAAAUAUGUGUCAAAGCUAGCUCGAGAUUCGGCUUGGAACAUUGUCACUAUCCAUGGAAAGGUGUACGACAUGACCAGAUAUAUGCAGGGUGGUCUUCGCAUGAAGCCCAAGGCAGGCAAGGCUACUCCCAACAUCCCUGGUGCCACCGACUUUAUGGAAGAAAGCGUGCUUACGCUGUUCCGACAGGCCAAGGGUCAAGAUGUCUCCAAGUACUGGGAUAGCAUCAAGCUCGACGCAGUCAAGAAACAACGCAUGGAAACCUGCCUGAACAAUCUCUUUUACAUCGGUGACUCGGACACUCGAAACUCCACCCGCUGUCAAUUCGCCGAGUACUUCAUUCUGGCAAUCUCAGUUAUGCUGGCAUCUAUCCUGGUUUUCAAGUUCCUUGCCGCGCUACAAUUUGGUGGCAAGAACGUGCCCGAGAACCUCGACAAGUUCGUCAUGUGUAUGAUUCCUGCUUAUACAGAAGAUGAGGAUUCCCUGCGCCGUGCUAUCGAUUCGCUUUCCCGCAUGAAGUAUGAUGACAAGCGCAAGCUGCUCGUUGUUGUUUGUGACGGUAUGAUUAUCGGUCAAGGUAAUGACAGGCCUACGCCCCGCAUCGUGCUUGACAUUCUUGGUGUUUCUGAGACCGUCGAUCCCGAGCCCCUCAGCUUUGAGGCUCUCGGUGAGGGUAUGAAGCAGCACAACAUGGGUAAGAUUUACUCUGGUCUAUACGAGGUCCAAGGUCACAUCGUCCCGUUCAUGGUUAUUGUCAAGGUCGGCAAGCCUUCUGAGGUCUCUCGUCCCGGUAACCGUGGUAAGCGAGACUCUCAGAUGGUCCUCAUGCGUUUCCUCAACCGUGUUCACUACAACCUUGCUAUGAGCCCCAUGGAGCUUGAGAUGUACCACCAGAUCCGCAACAUCAUUGGUGUCAACCCAACCUUUUACGAAUACCUUUUCCAGAUUGAUGCCGAUACUGUCGUUGCUCCGGAUUCCGCCACUCGCAUGAUCUCUGCCUUCAUCGACGACACUCGCCUGAUCGCUUGCUGUGGUGAAACUGCUCUCACCAACGCCAAGGGCUCUUUUAUUACCAUGAUUCAGGUCUACGAGUACUGGAUUUCUCAUAACUUGUCCAAGGCUUUCGAGAGUCUGUUCGGUUCCGUCACCUGUUUGCCCGGUUGUUUCUCCAUGUACCGAAUCCGUGCCGCCGAGACAGGAAAGCCUCUGUUCGUCAGCAAGGAAAUUGUCGAAGACUACUCCACCAUUCGUGUUGAUACCCUCCACAUGAAGAACCUGCUGCAUCUUGGUGAGGAUCGAUACCUCACAACUUUGCUCCUCAAGUACCACUCCAAGUACAAGACCAAGUACCUCUACACCGCACAGGCAUGGACCAUUGCUCCUGACUCUUGGGCUGUCUUCCUGUCUCAGCGUCGUCGUUGGAUCAACUCUACUGUGCACAACUUGGCCGAGCUUAUUCCCUUGGCUGAACUUUGCGGUUUCUGUUGUUUCAGUAUGCGUUUCGUCGUCUUCAUCGAUCUUCUGUCCACUAUUGUCCAGCCUGUCAUUGUCAUGUACAUUGUCUACCUGAUCUACCAGGUCGCUUCCAACCCCUCUGUCGUGCCUAUCACAGCUUUCUUGCUGCUUGGUGCCAUCUACGGUCUGCAGGCCAUCAUCUUCAUCUUGCGUCGUAAGUGGGAGAUGGUUGGUUGGAUGAUUAUGUACAUUGCAGCCAUUCCUGUCUUCUCUUUCGGUCUGCCUCUUUACUCCUUCUGGCACAUGGAUGACUUCAACUGGGGUAACACACGUGUUAUUGCUGGUGAGGCUGGCAAGAAAAUCGUCGUUUCCGACGAGGGCAAAUUUGAUCCUAACUCGAUUCCUCGCAAGAAGUGGGAGGAGUACCAAGCCGAGCUUUGGGAGACUCAGACCCAGACUGCUCGCGACGAUGUUCGAUCCGAGAUUUCUGGUUACAGUUAUGCCACCAAGGCCCAAGGACCUUUCUCUGAGUACGGUGGUGGUUACCAGCCCAGCCGUCCUGGUUCAACUGCUGGCUUCGGCCACCAGAACAUGUCUCGCAUGUCUCUGGCGCACUCUGAGAUGCCUGGCAACCGCAUGAGUCAAUUCGGCGGUUCUCAGUUCUUCUCUCCCGAGGAAAUGGUGGGCAUGCCUAGCGAUGACGCCCUUCUCGCUGAGAUCCGCGACAUCCUCAAGACUGCUGACUUGAUGACCGUCACCAAGAAGGCCAUCAAGCAGGAGCUGGAGAGACGCUUCAACGUUCCUCUGGACGCGAAGAGGGCCUAUAUCAACUCUGCGACUGAAGCUCUCCUUUCCGGCCAAUUGUAG